GUCAGGCAUCCGUUUGGCAUUUGACAAUGGUGAUCUUCAUGGCAGCUCGAUGACGUCGUCGUCCGCUCUUUCUCCUGCCUUGCUUCUCCCUCGCAGUUGCAGGCAUGGAGCUUCUUCAAUGAAGGAACUCCAAACCCUAGCCCCCAUCUCCCCAGCAAGACUCUCCUCUCUCCUACAAACCAUGAAGAGACCGAGGCGAACCCCGCCAUCCACUCCUCCGACCCCUCAAACGAUCCACCGCCUCCAUCAUCACCGCCGCCGCCGCGGCGAAAAAGCCGUCUCAGUCGGCCAGUCGCUCGCCGCCGAAACCCCAGAGUGGGUCCCGCUCGACCUCGCCGAGUCCGAGCUCUCCUUGCCCCUCACCUUCCCCACCGGCCAGACCUUCAGGUGGAAACGCACCGGGCCCCUCCGCUUCACCGGCGCGGUCGGCCCUCACCUCGUCUCCCUCAAGCACCUCGAGGACGGCGACGUCGCGUACUGCGUGCACGGCGAUCGCCCCGACGGCGCGGGAGCUCGGUCAGCGCUGCUGGAUUUCCUCAACGCCGACAUCCGGCUGGGUGAGAUCUGGGAGGCGUUCUCGGCCUCGGAUCCGAGGUUCGCCGAGCUGGCGAGGCUACUGCGCGGGGCUCGCGUUCUGAGGCAGGAUCCUCUGGAGUGCUUGGUUCAGUUUCUCUGUUCGUCGAAUAACAACAUCGCGAGGAUCACUAAAAUGGUGGAUUUCAUUUCGUCUCUGGGGAGGCAUCUGGGGACUGUGGAGGGUUUGGAGUUCUACGAGUUCCCGUCGCUAGACCGGCUUUUGGCCGUCUCUGAGAAAGAUUUCAGGGAGGCUGGUUUUGGUUACAGGGCCAAGUAUAUUGUGGGCACUGUUAAGGCUUUGCAGUCAAAACCUGGCGGAGGUGUGGAGUGGCUUACAUCCCUGCGUGGAUUGGAUCUACAGGAUGCUAUUGCUGCUCUCUGUACUUUACCUGGAGUUGGUUCUAAAGUCGCAGCGUGCGUAGCUCUCUUCUCUCUUGAUCAACAUCAUGCCAUUCCGGUUGAUACGCAUGUGUGGCAAAUUGCUACCAGGUAUCUUUUACCUGAGCUUGCUGGUGCACGACUGACACCCAAGCUCUCUAGCCAAGUAGCGGAGGCUUUUGUGAGCAAGUAUGGCAAAUAUGCCGGUUGGGCUCAGACUAUGCUUUUCAUUGCUGAGUUACCUUCUCAAAAGGCCAUCAUACCAUCACAUUGUCUCACUAUCCAGAAAGAUAAAAAGGUCGAAAGAUAGAUAAAGAAGCUUGUAGUGCUGAGUGAUGCUUUUCCUAGAAAAGGACGUUUUAUUGGGCUGUGUCCCAAAGUAGGUUUGGCCAUGAUAAUUACUCUGCUUGCCAAUUUGUCGAAUGAAGAAUGGCUAUGCAGGGUCAGAGGCAAAUGCACACUUUCGGCUUUGAAGUCUGCAAGAAAACCCAGUGGAAGUGUGGGUGCUGAAUGCUCUCCGACAGACUUUGCUCUCAGUUGUCACUGCUUGGUUGAACAUCUGGUGCAUGCACAUGCGGAUUCUGUCCUGGAUUCAUGAGUAAGCGACUUUCUAUUCUUGUAUUCAGAUGAUAUAUCCAUCUGAUGCUUUGUGAAUCCCUGGCCCCCUUCAUGGUGCUAGGCAUGUAACUUGGAUAAGUUCAGUGUCAAAAUUUAUGGUCCUUGUGACCAGAUGAUUACAUAAUUGAGGCACAUAUGCUCUUUUUCAUCUUACAUGAUUCUUUUGUGAUGCUUUGUACUUUUAGCUGGGUUAGACAUUGGUAAAGGAAUUGCAAUAUCUUUAUGUAACACCUUUUAGUGCAAACAUUAUGCUCUUUUUCAUGUUACAUGAUUCUUUUGUGAUGCUUUGUAUUUUUUGUUUGGUUAGACAUUGGUAAGAGAGUUGCUCAAUAUCUUUAUGUAACACCUUUUAGUGCAAACUUUUGUUAUUGUGCGUAGCCACACAAUUACUUCUCCUAGAAUACUGUUGAAGCAAUUUUAUCCCUGCAACCUGAAUUUCUGCUGAAUCUGUCCAAGAUGACGUGUGUUUGAUUCUCUGGCCUUAAUCAUGGCUGCUUGAUUGAAAUAUGUAGAUAGUUCUCCAUUUGCAAACUUUGUUUGAUUGUGAAGAUGUUGAGAUUGAAUUGACCACGUAUUGAUUUUUGCUAUCCAAAUUUAGACAAAGAAUUGUCAUGCAAUCUGAGUAUAGUGACAACUCAAUAAUUUGAAACAGACUAAGGACAGUAGAGAAUUUUAAAAGCAUUUAUCUACAGUUGAACAGCUCAGUGGAAGGGGGAAGAUGCCGUAGGAAUUGUUAUCCAUUGUUAUGACUAAUUUGAUCAUCCACCAGCAUAUCCUUACUGCUUUACUGAUGGUGCUCUCUGCAGGCCUACAGAUAAUGUAAAAUACAAUUGUCGGUGUUAACAAAGUGAAAAAGUAGCAUGCUAUGAUUCAAUUUUGAGGCUCUUCUUGUAGUGAUUCUGCAUCAUGGAUGGUUCCUAAAAUUAUGGUCUAAGUAAAAUGUAAUCUAAAAAAUUCAGGAAUCACUAACCUUUUCUAUUGUUGCUCUGUUGCCUGAAUGGUGUCUAUUGUAAUCCCGAGGGGGUUUCCACUUUCUUCUUCUAGUAUGACUAACAGGUUGCCUUUUGGUUUGAGGAAAGAUCGAGGAAUGUGGUACCUGAGAAGAAAAUCUUCAUUAUUUAUUCUUUAUCAUCAAAAAGCAUUGUUAAUUGAUUCAUAUGAAUUUUCUACUCGAGAUGUUCAAUAACAUUGGGGAUGUUGACUUCUUUGUAUGUCUGACAAUUUAAAGCAGUUAUGAGAUAUGAAUAAGGUGAAUGUUUUAUGGAGGUGCCAGUAACCAACUAAUCCCAAACCCAGAUCUCUGAGCAAAUAAGAUACCAUAUUUGUGAAGGAACCCCAGAGUCAGUGUGAAAUGAAACCCAAUAUCGACCAAUGCUUUGCUCGUUGACAUACACUUCACCCUUUCCCAUUGAACUUAGGUUCAAAGCCACUGGAUCAUUUCCAACUGGCGCAUCGAAUGUUGUCUGCAAAAAGCCAUAUGGCAGAUUGUUGUAACCUGUUAGCUUUCUCUUCUUUCGGUCAAACCUUAUGGGAUUGAAUCAGUGUAAUCCAGUGUAAUGUGGUGUAAAGAUCUAGUUUAAGCCUCACUUUUCUUUUCUGGCAGAUAAGUUCAUACCUUGUACCAAAUGAGUCGAUUACUGAUUGAGCUACCAUACUUAUUCCAUCGCACUUUGCUUGAGCCAAAGUCUGUGUAGAUCCCCUUGUUCUCUCCAGAGAGGCCAACCUUUGUCAUUCAUUCAGUUGAAUCAGUUCAGAAUGUGAUGAACCUUCUAAGUUUCAACGUUGUGUAUUUAGAAGAUCAAUUGAAUGCUAGACAUCUUUUUAUGCAUCAUUUUCAGUUAAUUCUUUCAUGAAAUUGCUUUUGAAGCAACAAUGUAGUGAAGUACUGCUAAGAAAGAGGUUUCUAUGAGUCAAAUUUAGAGUCAUGAAAGGUGAAGUUUUAUGUCACAGAGACAUCAGCUUGGUUAGACAUUGAAAAACAAAAAAUGAUCAUAAAAAAGACAAAAUAGUCACUUUGUGCAGAGUCAUUUUUCUAGUGGGCUAGGGAAAAAUGAGCAAAUUGUACAUAUUGCAUGCACUGCAUUUGCUUUCUGAGGAGAUCAUAACUUUUAUGACAUGAAAGUGUUCACUAUAUCAUGCAUCACCUUAUGGAUUGAGAGAAGCAUAUUUCUUCUGUGUAGAAGAAUACCUGGUAGCCCCAUGCAUAGUUUGUAAAGUCCACCCUGUUGAUCUUUAAUCUACGUGGUCCAGCAAUUCUCCGCUCAAGAUGUGCCCCUGAAUUCUUAACAUCCAAACGUACUGAGGAUGUCAUAGCUUGUCUUUUAUCUCGAUAAAGCAAAAUAAACAUGACAAAGAACAAAGAGUUGUUAACAUGACAGGGAGCAACUUUCAGUGGAGUGAUUUAAGUUAGAAGUUCAUAUAAUAGAUAGUAUUGCCCAAGGAAACUACGUGUGACAUAAAUUGAAGUGAUAGUCAUAUUUGUCAUCUAGAUCCUAAAACUUUAAAUACUAAAGCAAACUUUGGAAGUUUGAAUACAGUAGGAUGAGAAAUGAUUUUGAAUAUUACCGGAAAUCCUACUGUGACGCUAAGCAGGGAUAUAUAGUUUAUCCCCUUAUUGAAGAAAACUGAUUGCUGCAGACUGAAUGUUGAAUUGUCGUGACUUCCAUGAGCAGAUCCUGGUACGGAAAAUGCAUAAAAAGGUCACGUGCAUAUGAUGGUUGCAAAUAAACCAUGCAUCCAUAAUUUAACAUUAAAUCAUUGAGCAUCAUUGAAUAAUGGUCUUGCAUGCCAUUGGAAAAGGGCUGCUUUACCAGAUCUUGGUAUGAUCCAUUAUUUAACUGGACACGGUAUGAUCCAUUAUUUAACUGGACACUCUCUAUUUCUACUUUUGGUACUAAAUAGUAGCUCAUUAUUUAGCUAUUAAUUUCUCCAUAGAUUUGCUGAUAUUCUCUUUGUUAUGAACACAUUAGAGUCCAUGGAUGUGAUCACCAGGUGAUAUCAGUCACAAGUUCUAUCUAAAAUGUUUCUCCCUACAUGUAUCACGUAGUACUUGCCACGAGCAGUGCUGCUUCACUAAGUGUUGUGUUAAACAACUUUUGUUGAGUGAAUAAAUUGCUGGAAGUGGUAAUCCAUGGGGGAGUGUCCAUUUUUCAACAGUUUUAAACAACUAUAUUUCAGUUUGACAAAAAUCUGACAUUCUGGACCUCCAGCUAUAUUUUCUCUUCAGCAGUUUCAAAAAAAACACUUGCCUGGUCUUAAUCCGAUAAAUCGAGCCAAUCACAUUUACAGGGUUCAUAUUGGGGCCUCAAAGAAGUACUUGGGUUGGACCAGUGUGCACUGAGGUUGGCUUUGAUCACUAUUUUGUAAUAUGCAUUUUGGGAGAAUUAAUUGUAAAUGUAGAUUUCUAGCAUUGGAGUAGGAACUUGAGAGAUCAUACUCCAAACUGAACCAAGGAAUGACAUUUCACCUGGAGAGGUCAAAGAUAGAAUGUCCUCCAACUUGCCAUUUAUUAGUGUUUUUGGAUCAUUUUAGAUCAAAGAUAGAAUGUCCCCCCACAUGGAAUGUCCUCUCAAGAAAGAAAAAUGUUCUUGAAUUUGAUUUCUUUCUUUAAGUUUGUAUGUUUUAUGUGUUGUUUCUCUUUCUUCCUCUUUUCACCUACUCUGCCUAAGGGGUGCCUCCUUGGGGCUUGGGGGGUUGGUAUGACUGAGAAACACUGACGUAAUGUGUGCCCAGGACAGAAAACAUCCUAUUCAAGUGCUUUUAUAAUCUCAGGUAAUGGUAAAACUAUGAAGGGAAUAAGGAGGCUUGCCUGCAUAUUCUCCAUUCAAAAAUACAUGUAAUGCAUGCCCUUGGGAGAACACAUCCAGUUCAGCUUCAGCAUUUGAGAAGGAAACUAACUACGGGGUCGGGUGCAUCAUCUUGCUUGCACAUCACCCAGGGCACGCCUGUUUGGAGUCCCACUGCCAUUUGAGCUGCCCAACGUACAUAAGGCGGCCCAUUCUCAUGGUACGCUGCUUCCACUGUUUUAUACUCAUUCUCAAUCUGCAUUUCAUAGGAUCACAUUUAGGUGAUGAAAAUAGCACAGCACUAUGGCUCUCUAGCGGAUGAAAAGCUUUUUAGCGAAGGCAUAACCUGUGAUAGUAUGAUUGGCCCUCCUUGCGAUGCAUAUAACUUCUCCGCUUCCAUCAUGUUGACUAUCAUUGUUGUGAACUUCUGCAUUUGAAACUGCCAUGUGGUAAAAAGAGCACAACUCUUUAGCGAUUGCGGAAUAUGUGGCCCUGCUUCCAUAAUGUCAGUCACUUAUAUGCAUGUGGUGGUUUAUUUAAGUGCAGCCAGCAAUGUCAAGAUGCAAUAAAUGGGUGAUCUGGAAGCAAGUUUCACUUAGAGAUUUCAAUUUACUUCACCUUGAAUGGUUCAUUGUCUGACCGGUAUACUAUGCCCGGAAUAUCAUGUAGCCAGUAUGGUAGACCCCUGCAAAUGACAAUUGCAUGGUGUGAUACAAGUCGUUCAAUAAAGAAUCAUGAAUAGACUAAAUGGAUGGAGUGAUUUCAUGUUGACUCCAUGCAAGAAGAUUUGGUCGGUAGUUUCAAUUA